AUGUCUACGAUGCCAGCUGCCGAGCGACAGUGGUUAGGAGGCAGAAAGCGCGGCUACGGCGUUAGCCUAAGUGAGUGGAGCGCACGUGAGCAUAGACGAAGGGAGUACAGACGAAGUGAGUAUACUUUAAGCGAGAGUACUUUCAGUGAGUAUAGCUCAAGUGAGUAUACCUCAGGUGAGCAGCAUGGCCUAUUCCGUAGUGUGUGUACAUUAUCUAAGACAAACCUUACCAUACCCCAAUCACGUGACGCUCAAAACCUGCCUCGUGACUUCAAAAUCAAAGUCACGAGUGAGGUCACGGGUGCAGACGAGUACCGACGGACAUCCGAGUACAUCUCUCUCAGCGACCUCAUCUCACGUGCACAGCACGUGCACACUCGCGUCCAGCCCGCGACGUUGCGAGCCUUUUCGCGUUUCCAGGGGUACAGCUCCAAGAUUUACCGUGCAUUAUGCGGCCACAUGCGCCCUCAUGCAGCCGUUUUGGGUACUUGCACACAAUCGACGCGUCUGGAAUGGCUGGCACCCGGCGAAGAGGACCAGCCUCCCGCAAAGGCCAGCAGUGGUGCAUGCAUAUGGAUACAUACUGCUGCGUCAAUAUACACAAAAGUAAACAAGGAGGUGCAGCCAUCGCCCAAUUGGCCCACGCGCUUCUGA